AUGUCUACUCUAGAGAUCGCUGCUGAAGAGUUACGUGUUGGCCGGCAACGUCCGUCAGAGAUACAGCAUCUUCUUGAAGAGCAGGAGGCCUGCACUGUAUAUGCACAAAUAAUCCAUUUCGUAAAUCUCAUCUCUAAUUAUCGCAUCUCAGUAGAACUGGGGGCCACGGCUGCGCGCUACUACUGCACUCUCUUGCAGGACACUGAGACAACUCAUUCGCUUGGUUCAAGAGGCACUACUACUGUCGCAAUGUCCGGCAACGUUUCUGCUGGUUCUCACUUAGCAAAUGGUUUCACGCCACUCUCAGCAAAUAGGGCUGGCGGUGCUGGCUCAUCUGGAGUCAACCGACGUCAUAACAAGAUGGUCCUCUCUGGUGGAAUGGAUUCUAGUCGUAAAGGACUUCAGUUUGGCGGGACUCUGGUUCCUGCUUCUAGGCAUUAUUUAGAUGACUAUAGCAGAGAUCUGAAUAGGUCGGUACAAAUUCUUCCCAUAUAUUCUUUCAAUAUUAUUGUAUCCUAUAUUUUUCGCAACGCCUCCCACAAACUAUUAUUUUAA